AUGCUUGACUCGUCACUUAUUAGGGGACGUCUGGUGUAAUCAAAUGGUUGAGAUGUUUGGGGAGUUGUGUUGUUAAUAAUUGCGCAGGAAGUCCAAAUUAAAUGGUUAAAAACGUGAACUUGUUAGCACUUACUCACUAUAUGUAGUUUUGUCUGUAUUGUGUUCAUUUUUUGUUAAGUGGUUUAAAAAGAUGACUGCAGAAGAGGAGAAAAACGUGGGCCAGGAACCAGUCUCCACAGAAGGAGAGGACGUAACUCUCAAAAAAGAUGGGGGAGUUUUAAAGGUUAUAAAGAAAGAAGGCAGUGGGACUGAAACACCAAUGACUGGAGACAAGGUGUUUGUUCACUACACUGGAGAGCUGUUGGAUGGCACAGUGUUUGACUCCAGCCGGGACAGAAAUGAUAAGUUCUCCUUUGAGCUUGGUAAAGGUCAAGUAAUUCAGGCAUGGGAUAUUGCAGUCGCAACAAUGAAGAUUGGUGAGGUUUGUCAGAUUACAUGUAAACCAGAAUAUGCAUAUGGAGCAUCAGGCAGCCCACCAAAAAUUCCUCCCAAUGCUACACUUAUAUUUGAGAUUGAGCUUUUUGACUUUAAAGGCGAAGACCUUACAGAUGACGAAAACGGUGGGAUAAUUCGAAGAAUCCGGAAGAAGGGAGAGAGCUAUGCAAAACCUAAUGAAGGAUCACUUGUAGAAAUUCAUCUGGAAGGUAAAUGCAAUGGAAAGGUCUUUGACGACCGGGAUGUGACAUUUGAGUUGGGUGACUGUGAGAGUUUUGAUAUCCCACAUGGAAUUGAGACUGUUGUUAAACAAAUGGAAAGAGGAGAGGAAUCACUUGUGCUUCUCAAAUCAAAGUACUGCGCUCAUAUUUCGAUUUUGCAGGCUAAGGAGUCAUGGGAGAUGAGUACUGAAGAGAAGUUGGAACAAGGAUCUAUUGUAAAGGAAAAGGGUACUCAGUACUUCAAAGAAGGAAAAUACAAGCAAGCUGUGGUGCAGUACAAGAAAAUUGUUCAGUGGUUGGAACAUGAGACAGGGCUUUUGGGUGAUGAGGAUUCCAAAGCAAAAGCACUGAGGCUAGCAGCCCAUCUCAACCUAGCUGCCUGUUACUUGAAGAUGAAGGAGUUUGUUUUGGCUGGUGAAAGUUGUGAUAAGGUAAUUACCAUUUUUUAUUUAGUUUUGAGUUCUUCAGAGCAGUGAAUGUAAAACCUUUCU